AUGAUCGCCGUAGGGCGCAACGCAACAGUGGACGGCUCGACGCUCGUGGCCCAUACGGACGACGCCGGAUCCGGAGCAGCCGACCUUCGACUCGUGCGGGUACCUGCCCAGGACUUUGACGAAGGGGCUGUGCGGCACGUGUACAACUUCCAUGCGGGGUACCCGCGACUGGUGGCGACUGGGAGAGGACCCGAGUACGAGCCCAAGAACGAGCACGAGCAGCUCAUGACGUCAUUGGGUCAGAUCGCUCAGGUCCCGCACACGUACGGCUACUUUGACCAGGACUAUGGGUUCAUGAACGAAGUGCAGCUCAGUAUUGGCGAGAGCACGAGUGGCGCACGGACGGCGGGCUGGCCCAAGGACGCCGGGCCACAUGGCUACAAUGUGUUUGGCAUUGGCGAGCUCACGAAAGUAGCGCUCGAGCGCUGCGACUCGGCUCGAUGUGCGAUCCAGACCAUGGGCGACUUGGCUGUCCAGUACGGCUUUUACAGUGAAGACAGCGGCAACCCUGCGCAUCCUGGCUACGUGAGCUCAGCAGAGACGCUCGGCCUCACGGACCGGUACGGAGAAGUGUGGGUCUUCCACGUGCUCACGGGUCCGCAGAACGCAAGUGCAGUGUGGGCGGCGCAGCGCGUGCUGGACACGCACGUGGUCGUCGUGGCGAAUGGCUUUGUGAUUCGUGAGAUGGACCUCGACGAUCCCGAGCACUUCAUGGCGUCCGACAAUGUGCAUUCGUUUGCAAGAGAGAUGGGAUGGUGGAAGCCCGAGGAAAGCACGUUUGAUUUCACUGCUGUGUACGCGUCGCCGACGCCAAAUCCGGUGCGCGCGAUGUACAUGGGGCGUCGGAUGUGGCGUGUCUUUGAUCUCGUAGCGCCAUCGUUGCAGCUGGAUUCUCGUCUCGGGCAUUACCCCGAGUUUCCAACGUACCCGUUUUCAGUCAAACCGGACCGAGCACUCGAUGUGUCGGCCGUGACACACUUGCUGCGCGACUACUUCCAAGGCACGCCAUACGACUUGUCCAAGGGUCUUGCUGCAGGACCGUUCGGUCUGCCCAUGCGCUGGGGAGGCGGCGAUAAAGGUGUUGUGGGUAACUGGGAACGACCGGUAUCCAUGUACCGCACCGUGUACAGUUUUGUGCUGCAAGCACGCGCUCACCUUCCCGAUGCGAUCGGCGGCGUGGCUUGGUACGGCCAGAGCUCUCCACAUGCUUCGGUCUACGUGCCCUUUUCAUGUGCGCAGCGUGAGGUGCCUUCCGCAUACGUCCUUGGGAAGGAAAGCGAGUUUACGCCUGGUUCUGCGUGGUGGGCCUUCAGCUUUGUGAACAACUGGAGCAUGAUACGGUUCGACGCCAUUAGCAAGGACGUUCGAGCUCGCAUUGCUGACCUACAGAGUUGGUGCUUUGCUGAGCGAAAGGCGAUGGAACAUCACGUCACGGCUCACGCCGAUUCGUUGACGGCGCCUGAGGUUCUUGCGCACUUGCAAGAGCGAUCGAAUCGAUUGGCUUCCAAGGUCGUUGACGAGUGGUGGGCUUUUGCAUGGACGCUUGUCGGCAAAUUUACCGACGGCUACAUCACUACUGGCGAAGCACACGAGCAAAUGGAGAUGCCCGGGUAUCCGGAAUGGUGGCUCAAGCUCAGUGACUUCUCCAAGUGGCCAGGUGACACGCUAUUACCACCACAUAUCCCGGCGCUCGAGAAGCAACUUGAGCUGUUCAAAAGCCGCCAGAACGCGAGUGCCAACGUCGUGUUGCAAGAACCUGCAGCAACGCCUUCGAGCGCGAUUUCAAUCACUCAGAUUGCCAUUGGCUUUGUGAUUGGGAUCACCGUGGGCGCAUCUGCUACUUGGUUUGUUGCAUCGCGCCAGCGUCGUUCGGAGUAUGAGUCCAUCGGUUAG